AGCCUCCAGAAAGCUACAAUUAAUCAAAUUGCGUUAAUUGGAUGUUGCUUUGACUUGGACGAAACCUAUUUUUGAAACAUUUCAGUUUGUUAUCGCCUCAAGACUAGCAAAAUGGGUUUUAUGAUACAGGACUACGAUCUUCGAAACGCCUUUUCUCUCGAACGCAAGCUGAUGUUAGUGGUGGGGUUUUACCCCAAACGUGACAACAAGCACGAAAUUUUGUAUUGGUUGAGCGCCUUUUUCAAUCUUUUGAUUUCGUACGGACAGCUCACUACGAUGAUCAUUCAGAUGGUUUUUGACCGAAGCGACUUAUCCAAACUCACGGAGUCUCUACUAUAUUUUUUCACCCACUUUACGUUCCUCUGCAAGUUACUCAACUUUCAAUAUUACAGCAAGGAUUUGAUCGAGAUUGAAAAUUUCCUGACUGACCCCAUUUUCUACGGAUAUUCCUUCGAGCAACUUGAUAUAAUCAAGGCCAAGAUUCGUUCGUGCGCCUUUAUUUCUAACGCUUUCAGAAUCUGUUGCACCUUCACCUGCUCUUUCUACUGCUUAGUGCCUUUUAUUGACGAAAGUAGGAAGAAAAUUCUGCCACUUCCGGGCUGGUUUCCGUACGAUACAACCAACUAUUAUUACUCCACAUUUUUUGUGCAAAGCUUGAGUCUCUUUAUUAGCGCUUAUUGCAACACUGCUAUUGAUAUUCUGACGUGGAAAUUGAUCACGCUAGCGUCGGCCCAGUUCGAGAUUUUGAAGGAAAAUCUCACUAAAAUCGACUAUGAGGGGGGUUUUAACGAAACGAAAGGGGCCCUAGUCAGGUGUAUAACACACCACGCGAAAAUCGUCAAUUACACAGAGCGAGUCGAGGCCAUUUUUUCCAAAGGGAUAUUCCUCCAGUUGUUCGGGAGCGUGAUAGUCAUAUGCACUACAGGUUUCCAGUUGAUAGUCGUGCCAAUCCCUAGCGUCCAGUUCGCCGUUUUGGGGACGUAUUUAUGCGGGAUGACCACGCAGGUUGCCACCUACUGCUACUACGGGCAUGAAGUUAUGACAACCAGUGACGCCAUUGGAAUGUCGCUCUAUUUGUCGAACUGGUACGCCAGUCAUGUCAAAAUCCGCAAAAUCGUGAUGAUUUUUUUGGAGAAAACUAAAAAACCGACCAUUGUCAAGGCGGGGAAUUUUAUCACCUUGUCGUUGGCCACGCUGACACAGAUUUUGCGGUCGGCCUAUUCGUACUUCGCGGUUUUGCAACGCCUGUAUAAAGAUUCCUAAUUUGAUUAAAGCACAUCACGUAAUUAAUGACAUGUUAGGAUAUGAAGACACGUACAAAUAUUUUCAAAAAUCUCUGGUAGGCUUAGUUAGUAAUGUUGGUAAUGUCACUAAAAUGUCUGUUUGAAAAAAUGUGGUACAAUGUGCAAGGCUUGGUCGAAGCUUUUCGAAACUUUGAGGUCUUCGACAUAAAAACGACCGACGAUUUGUACCAAUUCUUCGUCUUUUGCCACCUCUUCUCUUGGGGCGUGCUAGUAUGGAAAUUGCGGAACACUUUGUAACAUUUAAUUUCAAAUAAAUGUCUGGGGAAUUUU